AAUAUUCGGACCAUUCGCUUGGCGCUCGGCUCCCUAUGGCGGAGCGGAGUAGGGGUUGGGAAGUGUUGAAGAAGCCAUUGAAUUUCUAAGCCAACAUUGCUUAGAAAUGCGUUACAAAGUCCUCCAAAUCACUUUCCGGGAUCGAGAUGUGAACGCGAAUCCCGCGGGUUCCGAUCUGUCGUCUCUCGAGUCAAUGCCGUAUCCUCUUCCUUCUCAGAGCCGCAUGGCAACUUGCCAGGGAUGAAAAUUGGCAUCAUUGAGAACCAGCAUUGAAGUUAUAAGAGUCGCCGCUGGUCCUGCCGGAUCUUGCAAUAACUAAUCGAUCACUACACAAACAUUGUUCAAUCAAUCGUUCGGCUUUCCCACUUCAAAUCGCAAGUACUCAGGCCAAAAGUUGGCACAAACCAAAUAGCUCACAAGAAAUAUGUCGCUCAAACCAUUCAAAAUUUAUGGCACUCUCCUGGGUCCCAACCCUUUCAAAGUUGCCACCGUUCUCUCCGAACUCUCUCUCCCUUACGAAGUCGUUCAAGUGGCCCGUGAAGAUAUCAAAGGCGAGGCCUUCACUGCUUUGAACCCCAAUGGUCGUCUCCCAGCCCUUGUGGACCCCAACAAGGAUGAUUUUACCAUUUGGGAAUCUGGCGCCAUCGUCAACUACCUCAUCACCGAAUACGACACCGAACACAAACUGAGUUUCCCUGUCGGCACCAAAGAGUACCACCUAACCCAGCAAUGGCUCCAUUUCCAAAUGUCCGGCCAGGGUCCCUACUACGGACAGUGGUUCUGGUUCAAGAAUUACCAUUCUGAGCAAUUGCCGAGCGCGGUCGAACGCUAUGCGAACGAGGUGAGACGAGUGACCGUCGUGUUGGACAAGUGGCUGGAAAACAAGCAGUUUUUGGUUGGCGACAAAUACACCUUCGCAGACCUUGCCUUUUUUCCCUGGCAGAUGUUGGUACCAUCUCUGGCAGGGGUGGAUAUGGAAAAAGAGGCUCCGAACGUGCAUCGGUGGAUGGAAAAUAUGAAAAAUAGACCGGCUGUCGCGAAGGUACUUGAAGAACACAAGGCUUCCAAGUGGAAUUAGUGCUUUAAUUCUCGGAAAAAGAGAAAUGGAUAUAUGGUAAAUUGAUGUGGUAGGAAAGAAUUGAGAGCAUUAUGCUUUAACCUACUCCGUGUAUCCUGCAUGUAUUUAGCCUGCUACAAAAU